AUGGAUUCUGAAAGCUCCCGGGAGUUAUGCUCGCAGAUUCGAGAAGUGACAUCGCGGAAUAUCCCAGCCUAUGAGAUCGUGAGAAAGGUUUACUGGAUUGUCAACCAACACUGGGCCUGGCGUGCAAGUCAGAUCUCCGAGUUCGAAGAUGCCGGCAACAACUGGCAUGCCCUUACCUGGUACAGGCUGCCCGGUGACAAGUGGGAGGAGGUGGCGCAUUGGCGCCUGAAGAUCGGGAAGUGGGGCAACUUCAGCGGCGAAAGAGCCGAGGACUGCGCGGCAACUGCAAUCUCGCUGGAGGAGCUGGCACGCGAGCUUCGCAGGAUGAUGAGAAGCCUCGAUUCACAGGAGCAGUUGAAGGACGAAUUCUGGAAGCUCGGCUGCCGCAUUCAGAAGACCCUUCUUGAGAAUGCCGAAGCAAAUCCGAACCUUCUUGGCGGGGACGGGGGAGACAUCGUUCAGCAUGUCCGCACACUUGUCGACGAUCCGGACCGGUCGACGAUCCAGCGGUCCGGCCGGGAGACACUGGUAGCCGUACAGCUUGAACACCUCCUUUGGCGGCAUCGCACACGGCUAUCAUGCAGCGGACUGGCCAUUCCCAAGCCGGAGCCUAUUGACCAGCACGACAACGCUUUUGCUGCUCAAGAUCAGCCGACGCGUCAAGAGAGGGUGCUUGCGCUGGUCGCGGCCACCGCCAACGGAGAAGAACACUGUCUCCUUCGUCUACGCGUCUCUCGCGCCAUCUUUGCGGAUCAGAAGGUCAUCUACGGCAGCCGGAUCAAGCUCUCGCAAAGGAGAGCCUUCAGGUUCACGACGCACUCCAGACGUCUGGUCCUGGCACGUGGUUUCAGGACUUCCUGGCCGUGGCUCAAAGCCAACUCCACCGAAGAUCGCGGGGAACCCUUGGAGGCAGAAGAUGUCAAGUAUUACAAGACAGUGGGUCCUGGACCAGAGCUCUUCGCAGUGAGUGGCCAACAGGUCUACUACGAAGACAAGAAGAAGUGGGUUCCCUACAACAGCUCAGUGUUACAGGAGUGGUCUGAGAUACAGCAUGUCGAGAUCAAGUUCGAGGAGAACUGGAAAGAGGAAUUGAAGCGGGUCUGUGUUCAGAGCGUCUACUGCAGAGUCUGCGAUAGACGUGGACGAACCCUGACGAUGGAGGUCGUCGGAGUGCUCCAGGAUGUUCCUGUGCAGACCGACUUUCCAUUGCAGGUUAUCUUUCUCGCAUCUGCAGAACGUGCUUCUACCAGGUGA